AUGGGGUUGUCAUUCACCAAGCUUUUCAGCCGGCUGUUUGCCAAGAAGGAAAUGCGUAUUCUUAUGGUGGGUCUUGAUGCUGCUGGUAAGACCACCAUAUUGUACAAACUCAAGCUUGGAGAGAUUGUGACGACCAUCCCUACAAUUGGAUUCAAUGUGGAGACUGUGGAAUACAAGAACAUUAGCUUCACUGUCUGGGAUGUUGGGGGUCAAGACAAGAUCCGGCCACUGUGGAGGCAUUACUUUCAGAAUACACAGGGGCUGAUCUUCGUGGUUGACAGUAAUGACCGAGACCGUGUUGUAGAGGCCAGGGAUGAGCUGCACAGGAUGUUAAAUGAGGAUGAGCUAAGGGAUGCUGUGCUACUCGUUUUUGCUAACAAACAAGAUCUUCCUAAUGCUAUGAAUGCUGCUGAGAUAACUGACAAGCUAGGACUUCACUCUCUCCGACAACGUCAUUGGUAUAUUCAGAGCACAUGUGCAACCUCUGGGGAAGGGCUGUAUGAAGGCCUCGAUUGGCUGUCCAACAACAUUGCUAACAAGGCCUAA